AUGCAAAUAAAUUUUUGGAGUUCAAAUGAUUAUAUAAACGACCUAAUCUUAGAAAUAUUUGAUUCAAAUCCUGAUGAAGAAUCAUUUUCAAAAGAAACAGAAACUUCUUUAUCAGAUUUUAAUGAUAAAGUUCAAAAUGGUGAAAUAUUAGAUACUGAAAUUAGUUCAAAAAUCAUCAUACUCUCAAUUUUAAAUCUUUGUUUAUUUGAACCAUUACAAAUUAAAUUGUUUGAUCUCGGUUAUAUUGAAUUUUCGAUUGUUGAAGAAUAUAUUAAACAGUAUGAAUCAAAUGAGGACUAUAUGCAAAAAGUUCAAAAAACUUGGAUGCCAAAUUUAAUUAAAGCACUUGAAGAAAUUCUCAGUAAUAAUAAAUCUGAAUUAAGACUGAAUUGGGAACACAUCCAAGACAAAACACAGCUUGAAAAUUGGGAAGAAUCAAUAAAUUAUUUAAUCUUUUCAUUAAAAGAUUUUCUAUGA